AGUUAAGAUUUUAAUAAUUCAAGAUGUUGAUGCGUUAGUGGAGGGGAGAUAUGAUCUCAUGUCCUGGGUCUGGGUCUCUCUUUAAGGUUUGCAAUUCGAUGCUUUUUGUUUGCUUUUAAUAGCUGGGUGACGAGGAGAAAGUAAAUUGGAGUGUCCCACUGAGAGUUACAAAGAAAGUAACAUGAGAUUUCUCUACUGCAGGAGAAUGAAGGGAGACACUGUUCCUGUCACCACUCCACUGUUCCACUGCUCCGUGCCCGGGGGUGAACUGGUGAAGCAAACCUAGAGAAGGACUUCAGUCACCUUUUAAUGAAGGUCAAAAAACAGGUUAAACUUGUCAGUGAUUAAUCUCUUCAUUUUACUGCCACUAAACUUAAUCUUGAAAUCCUGGGCCGAGAACUUGUCUGCCAAACCUCGCUGUUGAGGGCACUGUUUGUGUGAAUGUUCCAAUGGCAAAGGAGGCUGUUACUCCUGGGUGUAAGAGAAUUAAGCAGUGCCACGGCUGCCUACCCAGCAGACCUGCUCCCGAGAGCCAGAGGGAUGGUGGUAGUUACGGGGCAGAACAAAGUGAGCGGAAACCCGGAUGAUGCCAUGUCGAGCUCGGAUGCAGAGGAUGAUUUCCAAGAGCCGGCCACUCCUACUGCAACCCAGGCAGGACAAGCUCUACCUCUGCUGCCCCAGGAGUUUCCAGAAGUUGUCCCCCUGAACGUGGGAGGGAUGUACUUUACCACGAGACUGUCCACCCUGAGGCGUUACGAGGACACCAUGCUGGCAGCCAUGUUCAGCGGGAGGCACUACAUCCCCACGGAUGCUGAGGGCAGGUACUUCAUCGACAGAGAUGGAACCUACUUUGGAGACAUACUUAACUUUCUACGCUCUGGUGACCUGCCACCAAGAGAACGAGUGAGGUCAGUUUACAAGGAAGCUCAGUAUUAUUCCAUAGGACCAUUGCUAGACAAUCUAGAGGAUAUCCAGCCUCUGAAAGGAGAAAAAGUUAGACAAGCUUUCCUGGGCCUAAUGCCAUAUUACAAAGAUCACUUGGAACGGAUAAUCGAAAUAGCAAAGCUCCGGGCCAUGCAGAGAAAAGCGAGAUUUGCAAAACUGAAGGUCUGUGUCUUCAAAGAGGAGAUGCCCAUCACUCCCUACGAGUGCCCCCACUUCAAUUCCCUGCGUUUUGAGAGGAGUGAGAGCGAGACCAAGCUGUUUGAGCACCACUGUGAGGUGGAUGUGUCCUUUGGGCCCUGGGAGGCCGUGGCCGACGUCUACGACCUGCUGCACUGUAUCGUGACAGACCUGUCUGACAGGGGCAUCACUGUGGAUCACCAGUGCAUCGGGGUGUGUGACAAACACCUCAUCAACCACUACUACUGCAAGAGGCCCAUCUAUGAGUUCAAGAUCACUUGGUGGUGAGUUGUUUUGUCCGGGACAGCGCGAGGGAUAAAAGGACUUCUAGGUGACGGUCGGUUGCUUUUGGUAUUUUUGCAACGUGUCUCUGGAAAUGCAUUGCUGCUAACAUUCCUUGGAGUCAGUGAGCUGCCCAGCAAAGGGAACCUGGUGCAGAGGUUAAAGAACCUCUGGAAUCUUGAAAAACCAGCCUGACAUCAGACUGUUGGCUCAGGUACCUUAACGAGGCACAACACACAAAAAUCACCUCAUGGAAGUGGUGGAGAGGAGUGUCUGACAUCUUCUAAAAGGUGCCCCCAGCCACGUGGUUUUAGUAUCCCAGUCUGCAGAAUGGAAUUGCAGAUCUCUCCUGCUUUAUUGGGAAGCUGGGGUGCUAAUAAUGCUGACAUGUGGUUCAGCUUUACCCACUUAGAGAUGUUUUAGUUCCUACUUAAACUUACCACUUUAUAAAAUUGAGUAAUACCCAGCCAGCACAAAGAUUCUGGAAAUGUAAUUUUGAUGUAAUAGAUAAUUUAAAAAAGGGGGGAAAAAGGAGUGUUCCCUAUAUAUUAUUAAUUGUUGUCAGGAUUAAGGUGUAUUUCUUUUUUAAUUAAGAAUCUACAUUGUGAAUUAUAAUGUUAUAUUUCAAUUAUUAUUAUUGUUAUAACAAGGAAUAGCAGAUUUGGAAUAUAUUCCUUAAUGCUUUUAGGAAUAAUAACUGUCCAUGGAAGACUUGUGCCUGUUUUUAGCCUUAGAAAUUCUAAAUGUUUACAAUAUCUACAAAAAAAAAAAAAGAAGCUCUAUAGAAUCAGGUCAUUUACAAAGGCUUUUGGUAAAUGAGAAAACCCUAUAUGUAUGUUCCUAUUAGCAGAAGUAAGAGGAAUAUUUAAUGUAUAUUAUUUUAUUACUGACUCUUUUUACAUUCUGUGAUAUUUAAACUUUGUUCUAGAGUUAAAGUCAGAUGAUACUGUACAAGUGCUUCCUUCACCACACCUUCUUCAGACAAUUAAUUCUUAUUUUUAUCAUUCUGGUUGACCCUUCCUGGUGUCAUAAAGGAAAAACAAAAUUCAGCCUUCCUAUUCAAAUAUUUCUCCAAUUAUAAAUCAGUAGAUCUGGGUAAUAAAUCCCUUUCCAUGCCAAAAGAGGCAGCCAUUGCAGAAUCACAUUCUUUUCAGAAGGCAAUUGUUGCACUUCUGACGUGAGUAACCACAUCUCAAAGUUGAAUUACUUGAUGUCCAAAACCAAAAGGGAGAUUUAAACGUCUGCAGAUAUUAAUGUUUUGUGAGGUACAGGAAACUCAGCUGUUUUUCUAAAAUACCCCACUUGAAGGGACUUCCAAAUAAUCUUAAGGAGAGAGAAAAAGCAAAUAUUUGCAUAUUGCAUUCCACUGGAUUAGAUGAUCCAACAAUAUUGCUUAAUUAAGCUUUUGACCAAAACGCUUAAGAAACACAUUAAUUACAGGGAUCAAAAUUCUUAGUCACCUGAGGUAAUUUUUAGUAUAAUUCUAAAAACCUUGUGGUCAAACUGUCUUGCAAAAAAAGAGCCGAAUUGUUUGCAUUGUCACACUUUCAGGCACUUAAUUUAGCAAUUUUUAGUAAAUUGUCUCUCUGUAGUGGGGGCUCUAAUGAUCUCUUGGCAAAUGUUUACUUACAGAGGCUCCUUGUCAAGUGCUGAGUUUCAAGUCCAGAGCUUGAAACGGCAUUUGGAUCUUAAGUUUGUUUUAAUUGUUUUCUUAAAUAUUGGCCUUUGUGUUACAAGUUCUUGUACUUGUGUUUGGCGACCCAAAAUUAAGAGUUAAACUGAGACUAGUAAAGCUUCCCUACAAUGAGAGGAACUUGGUUUCUUUGCUGCUUUGCUGGCUUCAUUUAUUUUCAUUUUAUUUUUUUUUUCCCAGGGAAUCUUAAAACUGCAAACCACAAUUUCUUCUAAAAUUACGUAAGAUCCUAAAGUUGAGGCUUACAAACUUUUGGCUGCUUGUCCACUUCAGACAUUUAAAUUCAGGAUUUUCAGCAUAGUUUAUUUAGGGAUUACAACGAGAAUUGCAGUUUUAAGGGGGGGUUUCAGUGGUUUUUUUGCCAUUUCCCAUAUAUGUAUUUACACAGGACAGAACUCUGGUUUGAAUUUCAGCACCACUUGCAGAAACAGGACACAGUCUGAUUUUUAACAGUGUGUUUUUUGGUUUGGCUUUAAGAGUUUUCUCACUGUUUUUACAGAGAAGCUGUGACGACAAAACCCCUGUUUUGACCACGUUUGCUAUUUCUUAAUAUGCACAUGCUGAUAUUUUAUUACUUUUCCCUGUUCAUUGCUUUAAAAAACUAAGGAAAACUACCGACCCAAAAAGAUAAAAUGAAAAUCUUGGUCUGCAUCAGCUGCAUCUUAAUCAAAGCUCUCAUCCUUCCAAUCCUCCUGGAGGCAGCAGACAUUCAGUGCAAUAAUGGGAAGGAAAACAUGGAUUUAAGCCCACGUGCUUUCAUUAAACACAUCCGUUCUGUGCUGUGAUUUGGGCAGGUUAACCCUAUUUUUAUUGACUGCCCCUGCUCUAAGCAGUCUUUGUUUACAACGAUUUAGAUGAUCUUGCCUAAUCUGUGCUCAUUUUUUGACAGAAGCAGAGGAGUUGUGCAGGAGGAUGGCAGGGGAGUAGAAUCUAAUCACUGCUUUAUGUAACAUUAUUGACUUUUCUUGGCGUGUAGCAUAACUUUUGAAAUCCUGCAUUUGCAACAGAAAUGUGAGUAGCUGAUCUACUAAAUCCAUGUUUAACGGGCUUGAUGUUUUUGUACAUCGUGGAUGCUUUAGAAUUGUCUGAUUAAACUCAAUGCCUAUGGAAUACUGCUUUUUUUUUUUUUUCCUUUAGGGCUUUUCUUUAUAUCCAGCCAGGCCAGAGGUUUGCUACAACAUAUUUACCUAUUUCUCCGUGCUCCUCUUGGCUUUUUUGCCACUUUAGCAUCUACAAAGCUACUUUUCCACCCCCACACUCUCAAAUCCCUGUGUUUGGCACUGGAAACAAAUUGGGCACAGUAAAUAGUCUGGUGUCAUCAAUAUAACCUUGCUGUGAAUAUCAUGUUUGCAGAUCAUUAGAAGGACAGUGCAUGUCCAUUUAGCUGAUUCAGUUUGAAGGACAUACAUUUUUUUAUUUCAUAUUCUGAGACUGGAUACAGGCCCUUUUUUCCAUUUUUAGUUCCAAAUUGAUACACAGGAACACACAUAUUACUAUUGACUUUUUUUCCUCCCCCAAAUAAGUCUGAAAUAUUUUCAGAGCCCAGAUCACAUAUCUGGAUUGCAGUGAUUAUUCUGCUUUUAUCAAUACUGGUGGGACAGUUGGGGGAUACUUAUUUAAAAUUAGAAUUGUUAGCUGCUGUUUUAUGUUGCUGUGUGUAUGAAAAAAACAUGACAAGACUAAUUCUUUUUAACAUUCCCUCUGGAACGUUUAACAUUCCCUCUGGAAUCCACUCUGCAGUGGUUUUUAACAGGGAGCAAAGGGAGGUCUAAUUAUCAGGUCUCAUCUUAAAUGACUUGGCCAAUUCCACAGCACAUUCAGUAUUUCUGCAUCUGUUUUACACUUGUAAAAUAAGAAGGGUGAGAAAAGGAAAAUUUAAAAACGAAGGAAAAAACCUCAUCUUUGUGAAUCACUCUAAAUGACCUGGAAAUAUAUUUAUGUGCAGCAGCCACUUUAUUGAUUUCAAGAGCUUAAAAAAAAAAUAACAAUAACUUUUGAGCUUGGUGUGGAACUUGAAUACCCAAUACCCUACAUAGGAAUCUGAAAUACUCCUUGGUGAACUUCCAUCCUCCUUGGAGGACAGUGAAGGUGCUGCCAGCUUUGAUCUGGGAAGCCUUUGAGCCAUAAACAGAUUCUCUGUGGUCCUCGUGGUGCAUGUUUUCUUCUGAGACUGCUGAGGUUUUAUUUUUAUUUUAAAGCUUAUUUUAACCAAAACCUAUAAUGAGGGAUCAGCUUCUGCAUUGGUGAGGGUGUGAGUUCUCUGGUUUGUUUUGGAGCACUUCAGGUCUUAGUUACCUGAGUAACAAAAGCAGUGAGUUAUCGCAGCAGGAAGUUCUGCAUGACCCCCUUUUGAUGGAUUUUUAAAAGUUUUUAGGAAGUCUGCCUGGGAGACACCUCAUGAUGUAAUAUAUGCAAAUACCUGAACUUGUUAAUGUGAAUAUUUUUGAGAUUUUUGUGGUUCAGUUUUGUAAUAUUCUCCCCUGAAACUAGCAAGAGUGCUAAGGGUUGAGUUAAACACUGGUUUUCUGAUAAGCCAGCUUAUGCCUUAGAUAUCUCCUGCCCUCAUUUUGUAAAAUCACUCAUCCCAAAGGCGUUUGAUGUAGGAAAAAGUCAAGGCUGUUGUAGUUACAGGAAAACCAGGAAUCUUCCUUGAUUCUCAACAAUGAGUCAUUAAGAGAAUCAGGGCUUGUUAAUCCACUCACACCCUCCAUUCUUUGCUCUGGUGGUCUCAGGGCUGGGUCUGGCUCACAAGAGUCCUUGAAGGCAAAACUCAAACACUUCUGUUAUGAGAAACGAGCUGAUUUGCAUAAGCACCUAAUUUGGCCUUUGCUGAGUGAUUGUUAAAAUUCCUGCAAACCGAAGGAUGUCGAUAUUUUAAACUGUUCCAAGCAAUAGCUUUGUUAAACCCUAAUCUGCUUUGAGCCAGUGGAUGUAUUGUCAGGGGUUGGCCAGGUCUUUUAUCUGUGCUUCUCGGUGUAUCUGUGUUUUCCCAGGGGAGUCUGAAGCCCGGUGAGGUUGCUGAUCGCGUCCAGGGAAUACAUUUUCAGGUGUGUCCUGAGCCUGAGCUGGAUUUUGGAAAUACGAAAGUGGGAGGGAAUUAGUUCUGCAGUGUGUUCCCCAGGGAUGAUCCUCACUAGCUCUAAAGGAACACUUUGGUGAGAUGCUGAUCCACACUCCCCCACAUCUCCCUUUGUGAGCUGAAGUGUAAAAGGCAUGAGGAGAUGAGGUGUCUGGGCUGAACACUCACAGUGAGAUAAUGACUCUGACUGGAUCCCCCGUGGGCCUCACCCCCUUCUCUGACCCUGCACAUGUACAACUCUGUGUGCAGGAAAUGUAUUACUUCUCUCUGCUGCACCCUCAGAUUUGUUUGCAAGGUGAAUGCUUAGUCUGUUUUAAAAUAAAGGGGUUGUUUUAAUAUUGCAAUAUGGGGACUGAUAGUUGCUAAAGAAUCAGUGAAAACCUUAUUACUGUCAAAAAUACCUGAGUAAAUCAAUUAAACUAACUUAUAGCAUAAUCACUUUAAUUUCACUCUUCUUAUUUUUUUUAGUAAAGACUUACUUCUUUUAAGGGCUUACAUCUGUUUCAUAGGAAUAUGCCUUCAGCCUAAGUAGCUGUGUUUUGGGGGGUGAGAGCCUUUUUUAUUGCUUGCUAUGAGCUGAAGGAUAAACUGCACAAUCCCUCAUCUGUUUGGGGUUUUUCCCUUAAAAUCUAAUUACUCAUAUAAUUAAAGGUCAUGAUUUUCUAGCUUCAUUUGGCAUUUGCAAGCCCUGGGAACCCUCCUUCCCAGCUUUAUUCUCACUGCUCAUUCUUCUUUAUAGAUGACGUGGGACAGGUGACAUGAUGAGGAAGAUGAUGGAAGUGCCAGCAGGGAAAAGCUCCUGUCAGAGCUGGUGGUUUCCAUUGCAGGGUGUUCUCUGGGCUUGAUUUCAGCUCUUGUUCUGUGUGAGGCACAGGAACCUUCAGCACCAUUUGUGUGAGCUCAGUCUGUCAGGAAUUCAGGGCAACUUCCACUGGUCAUUUCUGUGUGAGUUCAUUGUGUUGUUGAUUCUGGGAGCUAAGAGGGUGGGAAAAUCCAGUGGAUUGCAGGGUCACACUGCUUGAACUUUAUGCCACAGCUGGAUCUUGCUGCAUGGCAAAGCAGAGUAAUCAUUUGGGACACAACUGCAGGACAGGUAAGAGAAGAUUUUGGAGCAGGGACUGUAGAAAAAUCAUCUCUGAACUCACUAUAAAACUCUGGGAUAUAGUUCUUUCACUUCCAUCAUUUAAUAACUACUUUGCUCUGGGCAAUUUAUAGACCCCACUGGCUUUAAGUUGUGGUUCCUGGAGUUGUGCUGAUCUCUUUGGUCAUUUGUAGGUAAACAAUUGAAAAUGUUUUCAGGUCGUUCACACACAGCAGAGAGGACCGAGGAUGGUUCGGAGUUUUGGGCUAUGGAAACAGAAUUUCACUUAACAGAAUCCUCCCCCCUCCAGUCUUUCGUUAUCUUUCUGCACAUAAGCUGAUUUCAGAGGGUAAUUAUGCUCUGUUUAUUAUCUCCUGUAUAUAGUUCUCUAACUGGAAAUCACUUUCCAGAACAGCAGUUCUUAGUCAUUUUACUUACACAAGCUUAGUAUUAAGUUUACCUCCACUUUCACUGUGACUUUUAUAAAUGGAUUUUGUUUUGCUGAAUUAUGAAUUGUAUGUGUCUAUGCAUUGUAACCCGUAAUGCCUUUGAAAAUCCAGCCUGGAUGCUAACGAUCAGGGUUUGGAAUUCUCUCCAAAUGUGUUUUGUUAAUAAUUCUGUUGACGUGUGAUGUUCAAUACUGUGAGUACUGCAGUGUGUUAUUUCUUAAUAUUUUUGACUUUUCAGUUCGGGUAAUAUAUAGUCUAUGUUUUUUAUUUAAAACACAUAGAAGAAAAUGUGGAUAUAAAUUUGUGUUGUGCAAUAAAAGAUUAUUAUACUGAAAACUGUUGGAAUCUGGCUCCUCUGGUCUGCAGCCACUGCGGUGCCCCUCCUCACCUUCCCUGGCAUUCGAGUUUGCUUUG